AUGAGAGCAGCAGGUUUUCUUGGAGUGGCAUGUGCCUGGAUUCUGAUGCAGGGCAUCGCUGCAGGAGCUGCACUCAAGAAACCUGCAGCUGGAGCAUCCUGCGGCCUGAAGGACCUGCUGGUCCUCACAGAGCGCCGGGUUGAGGAGAGCCUGGCAAGAUUUGAUGAAGCUAAUGGGAAACACGUGGGUACUUGGUCCCUCGGCUUCCCUGAGCUCCAGGUCCACCGGAACUCUUCCCCCAGCGGGCCCAAAGUCCAGUGCAGCCUCCACUUCAUGGCCCAGGGCAUGGAGAAAAUCUUGAAGGACCAGAAAAACAAUCUGAAUCCCCAAGAUGUUUCACUGCACAAGAAGCUGCGGGGCACGAUCUCACGGGUCAGAAUGCUUGCGGUGUGCGUGGAGAACCACCUGGGAGGGAAAUGCUCCCACGAACCGCCGCCACCCAAGAUGCCCAAGCACGUGUUUGAGAGGAAACAGUGGAGCCGUACUCUGCUGAAGCUGGCCGGGGAUUAUCUGGACUGGCUGCAGCAGGAGGUUAUGGAGGUUUCACCCAUCAAAGAAGCGAAAAGGAAAAAACAUAAAGCUGCAAAAGCAACAUUUCAUAACUACUUAAGAGGGAGCGUGCAUCAGCUGUGAGCUCAGCUGAAGUUAGUGUCUUAUGCAAAUAUGGUUACAAUCUGUGUCUUUAAAUGAAAUAUUUUCAAAAUC